AUGGAUAUUGAUACUGACAACGCCACUGGUGACGAACAGUCGACACAAGCAGCAUCGGCAAACGGGUUCUUCGAUUUUGUCCACGAUGCAACGAAAGCGGUUUGUGGCCUCUUUUUCCGGCUCACGCAAGAGCACAAAGUGCCAGAGUCGGCGUGUGAGGCGGCGUUUUGUGAUUUGGAAACUGUGAUGAGUUCAGUGGUGGAGCAACUUUUCGAAGUAAUACGCCAAGAAAUCGGUGAGCAAAUUCUCAGCACAAAGGAGAGCUUGCGAGAACUGCUGCGAUGCGACUUUCUGAAACAGAUUUUUGUCCCAGUUCAGUCUGCAUACCAGCGCGACAUGUUUGCUAAACGAUACCUUCGUUACAUUAAGCCUCAGCAAUGUCAGUAUGCAAAUGAUCAGAACGAGUCCUUCCAGUACGUGCCGAUACCGACAGUUCUGAAGAAUGUCCUGGAAACUGCACCGAUCGCCGAGUCCCUUUUGGAAACGAAGUCUCAGUGUGACCCUGACACUAUUUCUAGUUUCCGUGAUGGCACAUCGCACAAAACAACAAAAAGAACACAGGAACCUUCAAGCACCGUUUACAUCACCCUGUAUUCGGAUGAGCUCGAAGUUGCCAAUCCUAUCGGACCAAAGCGGGGCAUCCACAAGCUUCUUGUGAUUUAUUUUGGUUUCUUGGACCUCCACCCACGAUUUCGAUCUCAGAUAAGGCAUAUCCACCUGGCUGUUAUAGCAAAGUAUCCAGACACGAAGGGUCGUCUCAACGUUGUUCUUCAGCCACUGAUCAAAGAUUUGAACAUGCUUGCAACAGAGGGCAUCGAUAUCACUUCAGCUGCUGGGACCAGGAAGAUCUUCGUGGAGGUGGUUGCGUUUUGCGGUGACAACCUCUCCAUGCACUCAUUAGGAGGCUUUACGUGCAGCUUCAGCAGCGGGAGGGUUUGUCGAUUUUGUUUGGCAAAGUCAAGUGAAUUACGUCGGCUGACAAGUGAAUCUCAGUGUAUAGUGCGCGAUGCUCAAAACCACAGUGCACAGCUCGAGGCUGUACAUAUAAAUCCUGACCUCUGCUCUGUGUAUGGUGUUCGUGAAAUGUCUCCAUUACUGAAACUUGAUUCAUUUGACGUGACACGUCAACUGCCCCCUGACGUUAUGCAUGAUAUGUUUGAAGGCACAUUUGUGUUUGUUAUACAUAACACACUGCGAGGUCUUGUUCAAGAUGGUGUUUUAACUGUCGAUGACAUCACUCGUGUCGAUAUGUUUCCUUAUGGUGCCAACGACAUCAAGAAUAAGCCUGAAAAGAUGAGUGCAGCAUUUCUAGCAGAUGGUAAAAGCAUCCGGGGAACUGCUUCACAAAAGUGGUGUCUCUUCCGCUUCAUACCACUCAUUUUUGGCCCGCUAGUUCCUGAAGGAAAUGAGAAGUGGGAGUUGUUCCUUACUUUUAGGGAACUGGCCGACAUCAUCCUUGCUGAAAAGAUACCGCCUGAGGGGACACAAUAUCUUGAAAGUAACAUUGCAGAAUUUCUUUCAAUGUUCAUGGAGAUGUACCCGACUGUGCGCAUCCCUCCAAAGCUUCACUACAUGAUCCAUUACCCCCGUAUCAUUAGAGAGCUUGGACCGCUCAGGCAAUACUGGUGCCUCCGUUUUGAAGCAAAGCACCAGUUUCUGAAGAACCACGCCACGAGGGUACAUAAUUUCCGGAACAUUCCCUACACACUUGCCAGGAAACACCAGCUGUUGCAAAGCUAUCAAUUAAGCACCAACUUCAUGGACAGAAGCUGCACGACAACAAACCUGAGGCCUGCCGAUUUGUCGUCCGCACACCCAUGCACGCAUCACCUUUUCUGUAGCAACGUGAACCUUGCAGACUCCGCAAAGUUCGACGGACUUUCAUACAAAGUUGGGGACAUUCUAGUUAUGGCAGGAGGAGACAACCCUAAGUUCGCCCAAGUGCAAGAGUUGUUAGUGUCCGCAGGAAGGUUGUAUCUUCAACUGGAACAGAUGUUUUUGGAAGCCUUUUGCAAACACACUUUUGCAUACAAACUACGUCCCACUGGUGAAAUGAUGCUGAGCCUACCUGGUGAAGAAGUGUCAAUUCAAAAACUGGACCUAUAUCAUGGCGGUUUGGUGGUACCAAAGUGGGAGAUAAUGUUUCAAUAG